UGUAUCUAGUCUGAGAAAGAGGGAAGAUCGAGAUAGCAGCAGCUUAAGCAAAUAGCAAUGGCAACUUUCAUCAACAAUCCCUUGACUUCACUCUGUUCCAACACCAACAAGUCUGAAGCUAAUCUCUUCAGAAUUUGCCCUUUAAGGGCUCAGACUUUGGGGAUUUCCAAGUUUAACCCCAAUAGAAAGGCUACUUUCCCUUCUAUUGUUUGCAAAGCGGUGUCUGUGCAACCAAAAUCAGCCACUGAAGUUGAAGGACUUAACAUCGCUGAGGAUGUUACUCAGCUUAUUGGGAACACACCAAUGGUUUACCUUAAUACAAUUGUUAAAGGUUGUGUUGCAAACAUUGCUGCUAAACUUGAGAUUAUGGAGCCAUGCUGCAGUGUCAAGGACAGGAUAGGGUUCAGUAUGAUUUCUGAUGCUGAGGAAAAGGGACUUAUAUCUCCGGGGAAGACUGUUCUAGUGGAGCCUACGAGUGGAAACACAGGCAUUGGGCUAGCCUUCAUUGCUGCUUCCAGAGGAUACAAGCUCAUCUUAACGAUGCCUGCUUCAAUGAGUCUUGAAAGAAGGGUUCUUUUGAAAGCUUUUGGAGCUGAACUUGUUUUGACUGACCCAGCCAAAGGGAUGAAAGGAGCUGUUUCAAAGGCUGAAGAAAUAUUGAAUAACACACCAGAUGCCUAUAUCCUUCAACAAUUUGACAAUCCUGCAAAUCCCAAGAUACACUAUGAAACAACGGGCCCAGAGAUCUGGGAAGAUACAAAAGGCAAGAUAGACAUACUAGUUGCAGGCAUUGGAACUGGCGGAACCAUUUCAGGAGCAGGGCGAUUCCUUAAAGAGCAAAAUCCAAACAUUAAGAUUAUUGGUGUGGAGCCCACAGAAAGUAAUGUACUAUCAGGGGGAAAGCCUGGCCCUCACAAAAUUCAAGGGAUUGGAGCAGGUUUUAUUCCAGGGAACUUAGAUCAAGAUGUCAUGGAUGAAGUGAUAGAGAUAUCGAGUGACGAGGCUGUUGAAACUGCGAAGCAAUUAGCGCUACAAGAAGGGUUAUUGGUUGGAAUUUCUUCCGGAGCUGCUGCUCUUGCUGCCAUUCAGGUUGGGAAGAGACCUGAGAAUGAAGGAAAGCUUAUUGCGGUUGUAUUUCCAAGCUUUGGGGAACGAUACCUCUCCACUAUACUUUUCCAGUCUAUACGGGAGGAAUGCGAGAAAAUGCAACCAGAAUCAUGAAUAUCUUCCUUUUUUGAGCUAUCUUNUAUUCGA